AUGAAGGCAGCAACCAUCUUCACCGCUGCAUUCGCCAGUCUGGCAGCGGCAGGCCCGACCAAGGACACCAAGCGUGCCGACAAUUGCGAACAAUGGGGCUCCGUUGUCAAAGGCGAUUACACCGUCUACAACAAUCUCUGGAACAAAAAUGCAGCUUCAUCGGGAUCACAAUGUUUCUCCGUUGGUAGCCUCUCAUCGGGCACCAUCGCCUGGAGUACCACUUGGUCCUGGUCGGGCGGCUCCGGCCAAGUCAAGUCCUACCCCAACGCAGUCUACAACCCUGGGACAAAGUCGGGCAAGCAGAUCUCUAAAAUCAGCAGCAUGCCCUCGGUUUGGCAGUGGUCAUACUCCGGUUCGGGACUCAUCGCCGACGUGGCCUACGACAUCUUCACGUCCUCCUCGGCGACCGGAUCCGAGGAAUUCGAAAUUAUGAUCUGGCUCGCGGCCCUCGGUGGUGCCGGACCGAUUUCUUCCACCUAUGGGGCCAAUGGGAAGCCGACUCCCGUAGGCUCUAUAACGAUUGGUGGUGUCGCUUUUGAUUUGUACAAGGGCCCGAAUGGGAGCAUGACGGUGUUCUCGUUCGUGGCGAGGCAGCAAGUGAAAUCGUUCAACGCAGAUAUCAAACAGUUUUUCCAGUACUUGGUGAAAGCGCAGGGAUACAAGGACAGUCAAUAUUUGAUUAGCGCUGGAGCCGGAACGGAACCUUUUGAGGGCACGAAUGCCGUCUUUACUACUACUAAGUACAGUUUCUCGAUCAAGUAGAUGAUCCACAGCAUGUCGCCUUACCUAGGCCAGUGUGUGUCGAUGGAAUUGGUUGGGUUACUUGGGUACAUUAACU